CCUUUUCAGUCUCCACUUUUUUUUUCUUGAUUUCCUCACAUUGCCAUUUUUUUCAAUUUGUUCAUUCCAACUCUACCCCUCAAGCUAUACUUCCUCUGUUCAUCCCAACUUGAAGACAUUAGUCAUUUUCAUGAAUUCUUAUCUCUCUGUCUGAAUUUCUGACCCUGCAACAACAUCAUCCGCUAUGGACGGUUUUACUUCUUCUUAAUCAUCUUCAAAUUCGAGAUGACUAUACAAUCCAAAAAUCGUUCUUGUUUGAUUGAUCUUGGUUGAAACAUUCAAUUUUGGGUUUCUUGAUUUCUACUUCUUCAACCAGAAAUGAAUUCCAUUUCCUUGACAUGAAACUAGCAGCAAUCACCAGUUCUUGUUCUUGUUCUUGGUUGAUUCAAGAUAAAGAUUUAAAAAAAAUGGAGGUUUUUGGAUCGGCAAGGAACAGGAAUGAAUUCUAUGUAAGGAUGAAGCUUUUACGGAGUAGACAUGGAAAAACAAAGACGCCGUUUCGCUUUCGAUACUUCAAAUGGAUUCUCUGGUUUUCUCUCUCCUUAUACUUCUUUGCUACGUCUCUCGGCAACCAUCGUCCGGCGACCACGUCGUUAAAAACUAUAAUUCCUCAACCACAACUGCGUUCUGUCUCCGGUGUUUUCUCAGACGCCGCAGUUCUCCGGCAACCUAGAUCUUUGAAGGAUUUGAGAGUGUAUAUAUAUGAAUUGCCAUCGAAAUACAAUAGUGAUUGGCUGUCGAACAAGCGAUGUAGCAACCAUUUAUUUGCGUCGGAGGUGGCGACACACAAAGCAUUGAUUAAAAGCAACGUACGGACGUUUGAUCCAGCGGUGGCCGACUUCUUCUUCAUGCCGGUUUAUGUUUCCUGCAACUUCAGCACCGUUAAUGGCUUCCCCGCCAUCGGACAUGCACGUGGGCUUUUAUCGUCUGCAGUUGAAUUAAUUUCAUCGGAGUUUCCUUUCUGGAACAGGAGUAAUGGUUCCGAUCACGUGUUCGUCGCUUCUCAUGACUUCGGAGCAUGUUUCCACUCCAUGGAAACUAAAGCCAUCGCCGCUGGCAUACCGGAGUUUAUGAGGAAUUCGAUUGUCUUACAAACAUUCGGCGUUAGAUACCACCACCCAUGUCAAGAUGUUGAGAAUAUCGUCAUCCCACCCUACGUAUCGCCGGAGAAAGUUCAGUCUGUACUGUCAAUGUCACCGAUCACUGGCCGGCGGGACAUUUUCGUGUUUUUCCGGGGAAAAAUGGAAGUCCACCCUAAGAACGUUAGCGGUCAAUUCUACAGCAAGCGCGUGAGGACGGAGAUACUGCGGAAGUACCGGAACGAUCGGCGAUUCUACCUGAGAAGAAACCGGUUCGCCGGUUAUCUAUCGGAAAUCGUACGGUCGGUGUUUUGCUUGUGCCCACUCGGGUGGGCCCCGUGGAGUCCUAGACUUGUGGAAUCAAUUGCGUUGGGUUGCAUCCCGGUGAUCAUUGCCGAUGGCAUCCGGUUGCCGUUCGAAACCGCCGUGCCUUGGUCGGAGAUAUCUCUCACGGUGGCGGAGAGGGACGUCGGGAAGCUUGGCAGAAUACUUGAUUACGUGGCAGCCACGAACCUGUCAGUCAUCCAGCGAAACCUGUGGGAUCCAACCGUCCAGCGAGGACUCCUCUUCCACAAUGACGUGGAAGUUGGUGAUGCCACAUGGCAGAUCCUCAAUGCAUUAUCUGAGAAACUCGAAUAGGUUCUUCAUUCUUCAAUCUUCAAAGACACAAAAAAGAUAUACAUAUACAUGUUGAAAUCAUUUUUUAUAGAAAUUCCAGCUAUUUAGAUGGAAAUUUUUGACAUAUGUGGGCCCCCACUUUACGCCAAGCUGUCAUUCACGUGUUGAUGAGCUGGCGAUCGGCGAUUGAUGCUGGUAUAUAUAACGUACGAGGAGGGAUAUUAUGCGGGGUGGUCCUUGUAACGAUUUAUGUCGUCUUCCUUGUGACGAUGAUGUUACACUUUGAAAAUAUAGAAUUUGGGACCCUUGAAAGAACGAUUUUGCUGAUUUAUAUUUGUAAAUAAUAUUAGAAACUGUUCGGUGA